AGAUCCUUAUCUCUUAUCUUGCAUCCUUGUAAUAUUGAUUUAUUGCAGUUUAUAUUCUUUCUAUCCUAUUACAAUCUUGUUAGUAUGUAGCUUUUUUAUCCCAUAUCUAACCUAAAAUUCUUCAUUUCAUAAGAUACAUAUUACUUAGCUCAUCUUUAAAGAUCUUUCAAGAUCCCAGACUGAUUUAAUGGAAGGUGAGGAUGCGGGAAGAGCCCCCAAUCUUCCAAAUCAUGGAUUCAUUGGUGUUCAUGUCGGUGCUGGGUUUUUCUCCAAAAAACUGCAGAAAGAGUACCGAGAACUGUGUGAAAAAGCAUGCUCUAAGGGUGUUGAAAUUUUAAGAAACGGAGGAUCAUCGGUUGAAGCUGCCACUGCUGCAACAAUCAUUCUGGAAGAUUCAGAGCUCACCAAUGCAGGAAUUGGGUCUAACUUAUCCUUCACUGGACGUGUCGAGUGUGAUGCCAGUAUCAUGGAUGGGCAGACUAUGAAUGUUGGUUCUGUUGGAGCGGUCCCUGGAGUACAGAACCCUAUUCUUUUAGCGAAACGAAUAUGCGAAAAGCAACAGCAAAAACUACCUUGCGGACUUGUUCCUCCUAGUUUUUUGGUUGGCAAAGGAGCAUAUCUAUGGGCAAAAACCAAUGACAUUAAAACAGUGGAACCUCGAUCAAUGAUCUCAAAAAAAUCUUUACGUCAGUACAAGCACUAUAAAAGGAAAUUGAAAAUGCACUCAGAGUUACCAAUAUUGAAAAGUUCCAAAUUAGACACAGUUGGAGUUGUUUGUGUUGACAAGACAGGACACAUGGCUGCAACCUCAUCAAGUGGUGGAAUAAUUCUGAAACACCCAGGAAGAGUGGGACAAGCUGCUGUUUUUGGAUGCGGUUGCUGGGCGGAAAAUGGGACCAUAACUGAACCAGGGGUGGCAACUUCUACCACAGGUUGUGGAGAGCACUUGAUUAGGACAAGCCUUGCUCGCACAGUAGCUAAUGCUGUUAAAUCUGACUGUUCCACACAAGGUGUAUACAAUGCUCUCUACAAUGGUUGUUUAAACAGGAAAACUAUAUCUACGGCAGAACGUGCCUGUGGUGUGAUAGUAUUAAGAUACAGUGAUGACGAAAAAUUUGAAUUUAUGUGGGCACAUUCGACCAAUUCCAUGUGCAUUGGAUACAUGAGCACUGAUAGCAAAAAGCCUUAUAGUCGCUUAAGCCGGUUACCUCCAGAAAAACAACCUGGCAACACCAUUCUAGUCGAAGGAAUUUGCUGUGAUGCCAAGUGAUUCUCAUUCUAGGACUUUUAACGAUCCAAAAUUAUCUUAUGUCUAGAACCCUGUGAAGAUUUUCUCGUGAUCUCCAUGAGAAUAGAAUAUUGCUGCUCCAAGACUCAUGAAAAUUGUUGGAAGAAAAUUUUAAAAUUUUCCAAUAAUGAGCAUUGCAUUUAAAGUCUGUUUCCUGAAGAAACCAUAUUUUUCUCAUUUUUUGCGCCUAUUUCUUUUGAUACUAUUAAGAAAAAUGGCUAAUGAGACUUAUCAUAAUUCCAGUGUUUAGUUCAACGGUCAAUUUUUUUACUUUUUCCUGUGCCGAUUUUUUUCUGUACUAAACUUUAUGAACAAGCUCGAAAAUAAUCGUUUAAGUUCAGAAUUUGACUCAAUGCAAAGCACUUUCUUAAGUAAAAGAGAAGUGCAGCAAUACAAUUCGAAAUAGCAUAUCAAGAAAUUUUCGAAUAAAACAGAUAUGCCUUGAAUAUUACAAUCGUAAAAUUUUCUUCUUGAUUGGCUUUUAGAGUCCUCGCCAAAUAAGUUUACGCAUUUUCAGACUGGGAGAAAACAUUGUCCGAUUUCAGCUCAGUAUGGAAAGUAAAUGUAAGAAUAAAGAUGGCGGAUCCUCUGUCACUAACAAGGACUCUAAUUAUUCAUUAAAUGCCCUGUCUUGAUCAUGAAAUGUCAAGUGAUUUUUCGUGAACCUGAACAGUCUUAUUGUUAUACGGUUGAAAAUGAUUAUGUUUCACACUUUUCUGAUGGUGAUGAGUAAUUUAAUUGGAAAAUAACAUUGAAGAUGUAAACCGAAACAAUAUAAUUUUGAAAUUAAUUUUUCGAAGAUUGAAUGUGUUUUUUGUUUUGGGAAAAGAAUUAGGAGAGUUUAAAAUCAGUUGAGCUGAAACAUUUUGCCUUCAAACAGUGUGACCAGCCUCUUUUUUAUGUACUUUUAUUUGAUUUCGCAAAUCAGAGUUGCAUAAGGAAUGGAAUUAGGUAUCAUAAAAUGGAUAUAUUGUGACUUUAUAACCAUACUACCUCAUCACUGUUCAAUUUAAGAACCCUGCACACCGCCUUACCUUCACCGAUGGGUGGGGACUUUCUGGCUUUCUGUACAUUUUGAUGAAACACUAAUAGAUGAUUAUGAUGAGCUAAUGAUGAUUCUAAUCCAACCUAACUUUUUGAGGUUCAUUAUUGGGCACAAGCCAAAAUAUCAGGAGAUUUAACCGGGUAGGAGCUAAAAUAUUUGUGAUAGAAUAUGGUAACUGGUUUGCUUUCUUGCGCAGACCUAACGUACAUGUAGGUGCUUAUCAGCUCAGCUACCGCAGACACCUCCCCCCUCUCCCACCCGUCCAUUCUGUAGCAUAUUUGAUUUGCGCAGCGAGUACCUUGUCUUUUUUCUUAUAUUAAAAUUAAAGAUGUCGCACUUUGUUCCGCAUCUUAUUUUCAUUCUUCCUUUGCCCGGCUAUCCCUCUUGAUUUAGUUUUUCCCACCCCCUCUUUGAUGCAAGUCCAGUUAUGAAUAUUUCACCUCCCAUCCUACCAAAUCACCUAAUUUUUUGGCUUCGGCCUAGUGAUGAACUGCAUAAUUACCUACUAAAGUUUCAACAAAACGUACCCAGAGCCUGUGAGCCUUCACUCGCAUUCAGGGUUCUCUGGAGGCGUGGUUCUAAUAUUUCCAUGUAGUUUUUAAGAGUAUCAAAGAUAACACAUUACCUCAGCCUCAACAUCUGUAAGCAAUAUUUUUUUAAAUCCAAUUCCCUUUGUCUUUCUUUUACCGCUAUUAUUUCAUAAAUUGCGAUAAAAUGAGCUUCUUAUCUGAAUUUUUGCUCAUUGAGAAUGUUCUUUGUAAUCAAAUUUUGUCAACUACAUACUCGUUUGGCUGGUCAGUUUGAGACUUCAACAAAUAAGAACUAAUCCUGAACAAAAAAAAAAAAAACCCCGAUUCAAUGUAACUGAAGAUGGAAAAUAAAAGAAAGUUCUACAUUCAU